UAGUAAAAAAAAUAAAUAAAUAAAUAAAAGGGUGGUUACAUGUAUCUUCCAAUUUUUUGUUGUUAGUAAACUAGCAUAUGACCGAAUGGUGGGCUGGGCAGUUUGUUGAUUCGGCCUUUGGACAUCGUCGAGGAAGCUUCUGGCAGUUGCGGCAAUUUCCUAGUUUAAAAGCAUCUCUUUGAAACGAACGAGGAAAACGAAUUUCUAGUGCACAUUCACGGUGUUGUCCUUACUAUUUUCUAAAGCGAUUAACGUGAAGAGUGAAACUAAAAAAAAAAAAAUCUUUCCUCGGGCGGCACCGAAUUGUGCUUAAAAAUAAAGAGGAAUUCUUGCGCGUUCUUCUGCGCUCGCGGACUCGACCUUCCCUCUUCGAGAAUGCUAUUUACAUUUGCGGUGUCGCAAUCGAACGUGAAUCGUAAAUUGGCCAAUGCUUUUGCUAUCAUCACUGUCCUCCUUCAAAUUUUGGUGGAUGUGGACGGAUAUCCCAUCAUUGGAGAGCCAUUUAUUAAGGAUGCACCUUAUACUCCGGAAGCUAUUCCUGUUCCAACGAGUUCAUCCACUGUAGAAGAAAGUCCGUCCACAUCAACCACAGUAGCUCCAAAACUGUUGGAUCCAUCAACUACAUCCGCUUCAGAAUCGGAGCCAUUACUUUCAUCGACGACGUCAGCCUCGCCUUUAUUGACGAUGAAAACUUAUCCAUCGGAAUUGAUGUCGUCCACAAGUAUUGCAGAAACGAGCUCUUCUUCGUCUGACUCGACUACGUCAUUGCCUGUUAGCACGGAACUAACCACACAUGCGAAAACAUCCAACGCCGUUGUAGACGACACCAUGUUUGAGCAUUUUACGUUGAAACCGCAAAUCAAAAAAUCCAAACCAUCCUGGACCCACAAAGAUACCACGGGUUGGCACAGCCAAUUUCCGACUUGCGGAGGUCUUCAGCAAUCUCCGAUUGACAUCCAGCCAAAGUCGACUGUCCUUACAGCUUACCCGAAAUUUACGUUCCAUAAUUAUGGCAACAUCGAAAACAUGGAAUUAAUCAACAACGGACAUAGUGCCGUGUUCAACUUACCACCAGACUACCCCACAGACGACAUGCCUCACAUUACUGGUGGUGGAUUGGAAAAUACCUUCGCAUUCGUUCAAUUUCACUUGCACUGGGGAAACGAUUCGAGCCAAGGCAGCGAACACCUCAUCAAAUCUAAAGGCUAUCCAGCUGAAAUGCAUAUGGUUCAUUUUAAUACCAAGUACGGAUCGUUCGCCGAGGCCAGUAAAUAUGAAGACGGUGUGGCAGUCUUGGCUAUUUUCCUCAAGGUGGGAUCCAGUGAUAGCCAAUCUUUUCAGCCUCUCGUCGAACAACUCGGAGAAAUAGCCAAAGAUGGUGAUGAAGUCAUUCUAAGAAACCCAAUUUCACUUAGGGAUUUGUUACCUGGACGGACUUCAUCUUUUUAUCGAUACAGCGGCUCGUUGACAACUCCCGCGUGCCAACAAAUCGUCAUCUGGACCAUUUUUGAUACACCGUUGGAGGUUUCGGAAAAUCAGCUCGAAAAAUUCAGACAUCUACGAAGCGAUGACGGUACAAAUAUGGUCAACAACUUCCGUCCGACCUUGCCCGUGAACGGACGGACAAUUUUUUAUAGAUCGUUCACUGGUUGUGAAAUAUCACGAUCGUGGCCGAUCACGUCGUCCCCUUUCUCAGAAGCUUACAAAUGGAGCAAAUGCCUGAUGGGCUUCGCCUAUAAGUCGGCCGCUCCAUAGUUGUAGUGCGUUUGUCUUGCACGUCUUUUUUCGGUUGAAUGUAAGCGAUGCAUUGAAUGGAUUUGAUCACUUGUUCACAGAUACGCCCUCCCUUGGCAUUCCUCUAAAAGUAAUUCCUAGUGUAGUGUUUAAACAUUUAUAUUUUCAAAUUAUCACGAAUAUUCUAGUAGUCGAGACAGGAAAUUUAAUUUAUAAGAUGCACCAGGAGAAAAGCAAACAUUGACGUGCUAAUUUAUCGAACCAAUUUUCCCUAUACGAUUUUAGGGUAUUCGCAGACAAUUUCUAUCCGUAACGAUAAUUAACGCACGAAAAGGCAAUCAAUUGGAUACAUCUUGAAAAAUGGAGGACCACUUUGGCCUCUUUUCCUCAAUACUUUUGUUCUCCCUGUUAUUUCAUCCCUUAUGGCUGUCAACAAGCUCUGUGAAUUCACAUUUAUACAUUACUGAACAUUUGACAUUGUAUGGCUGACUGUAUGGAUGUAACCUAUUCGAUAUUCACCUACAUAUGAAUAUACUAUAACAGUGUACA